CCAAAUCGAAAAUGUGGCGACAUGGCUCUGUCCGACUUGACCGCAGUCAGUCUGCGGAUGUGCGCUUGACCACUCGAUCUAAGCUCGCGCAAGAAAAAUCAAGACGCACGCGAAAACAAAAGACAAAAACAAAACCCAGUUACGCACGCUCAACUCCAUAUAUGAAUGCAUCGUAACGCGUUACAAAAGUGAAAUCAACCGACUGACAGUUUCAGCAGCGAGGAGUUUUUUGUUUUUAAUUGAUUCGUUGAGAUAACUAUGUUAAGUAAAUGCUUCCUCGUGGCGAUAUGUGGAGUUUGCUGCAUCUUUCCGCUAGUUGUUGUUAUUCAAGCUCACCCUGUAAAUAUAGACGGGUCAGAACAAACAGACGAAACAUUACAAAAAAAUGACGAAUUCAAAGAUGAUUGGGAUUAUAAAAUGGAGCAACAAAGCAAGAUACCCAUUUUGUCGGCUUUAUUAAGAAAUCAUACACUGCCUCCCACAGCGAAUGGCACUGGAAGGUUAUUAUGGGAAUUGGAUCAAGAAAAAACGACCCAUCUUCCACAAUUCGUUGACAAAGCACUGAAACUGCUGAAUUUAAAACAAGUAGCAUUUGAAAUUGAAAAUUCUGUGAUGUCCAAAGAGCCGGCCUUCUUCAGCACUACACCCGUACAGGAAAAUCGGAAAAAGAAAUCAAAAAAAACCAUCUACAAUUUUUGCGUUAACCUCAAAAUCCAGUCUUCUAGGGUAUGUGAGGGAAUAACGGAAUUGUUUGCUGGGGAAGUCAUAUAUGUCUUGAGCAAAGUCAAAAUUGGUCCUGACGAGAUUUGCAGUUUUGUGAUUGGUGAUGCUUGCGGAGAUGUCUACAAUCCGUACCAUGAAUGGGAGGUGAUGUUUCCUCCAGUACCAAAACCGAAAAUUUUGGAGCAAAAAGUUCCAGAGUUGAACGGUCCUUCUUUUAAAGUCCUUCACUUAUCGGACACCCAUUAUGACCCAUAUUACAUGGAGGGAAGCAAUGCUGAUUGCGCCGAACCUUUAUGCUGUCGACUAACAAAUGGACCUGCUGCUUCUAAAGAACAAGCUGCUGGAAAGUGGGGGGACUACAGGAAAUGCGAUACACCCAAAAUAACUGUAGAUAACAUGCUUCAGCACAUCCAAGAGACCCAUCCAGAUAUUGAUUACAUAUUAUGGACCGGGGAUUUACCGCCCCACGAUAUCUGGAACCAAACAAAGGAAGAAAACUUGAAAAUCCUUAAAGAAACAGUGAAGCAAAUGUCCGAUAUGUUUCCAGGAGUACCAAUUUUCCCUGCUUUAGGAAACCACGAGUCUGCACCCGUAAAUAGUUUUCCACCUCCAUUCGUGGACACUCCAGAGAGUUCAAUUGCAUGGUUAUAUGACGAAUUGGAUAUUCAAUGGAGAAAAUGGCUACCAAGUUCUGUAAGCAACACAGUGAGAAGGGGCGCUUUUUACUCUGUUUUAGUAAGGCCUGGAUUUAGACUUAUUUCUCUUAAUAUGAACUAUUGCAACAACAAAAAUUGGUGGUUACUACUAAAUAGUACCGACCCAGCCACUGAGUUGCAAUGGUUCAUCUACGAAUUACAAUCAGCCGAAUUUAAUGGUGAAAAAGUCCAUAUCAUAGGUCACAUCCCUCCAGGUCAUUCAGAUUGUCUUAAAGUAUGGUCUAGGAAUUACUAUGCCAUCAUAGGCAGGUACGAGAGUAUCAUUACCGCCCAAUUCUUCGGCCACACCCAUUAUGAUGAAUUUGAAGUCUUCUAUGAUCAUAAAGAUCUAACUCGUCCAAUUAGCAUAGCCUAUGUAGGUCCAUCUGUAACCCCAUACUAUGACCUGAACCCAGGCUACAGAAUCUAUUAUGUGGAUGGAGAUCACGACAAAUCAACAAGGGCCGUUGUGGAUCAUGAAUCUUGGACUAUGAAUCUAAGAGAGGCCAACCUCUAUGGUUAUCCCAUAUGGUUUAAAUUGUACACGGCCAGGCAAGCGUUUGGUAUGGACGCUUUAAGGCCUCAGGAUUGGGAUGAACUUGUGGAGAGGAUGACCAAUGACCCCAAAUUGUUUGAAUUGUUUUAUAAAUAUUAUUACAAAGCUAGUCCGGUACGCCCAAGUUGUGAUAUGGCAUGCAAGAAGAAGAUUUUGUGCGAUCUACAUUCUGGUAGAUCUCACGACAGAAAAAAUCUGUGUCAAACGAUAGAAUCCAGAAUAGAUUCUACGUCAAACACCAGUUGGAAGGAAUGGAUAUACAAUACGAUAUCUGUUUCGUAA